AACAGGAGUGACGUCGACCUUCGUUUGCACUCUGCCGCUUUGUUUUCCUUCCCAGUCUCAGCAUGCAGUUCUGAUUCUUAAUUGUUAACACAAAACCUACGUGAUUUACAACUGUUUAGAGUGAUUUUUACUUAGUAAAAAUGGCUCUUUCACCUGAAAUUCUGGGCAUUUUGAUCGCAGUUUUCGUCAUCGCCUUGACAGCUGCCUUCCUAUUUUGGCAACGAAGGCGUACUUCGAGAUCUGGAAUUUUGGUUGUUGGCUUGAACGACAGCGGCAAAACCCUCAUGUUCAGCCAGAUUGUUUACAAUGAAUUUGUGGAUACUUUCACCUCAAUGAAAGAAAAUAUUGGGGAUUUCACAGCCAGCAAGUCUGUGUUAAAAAUUAUCGAUAUUCCUGGACACGAACGCGUCAGGGCAAAAUUCUUCGACGAACACAAACGAAAUGCGAGAGGCAUUGCCUUCCUGGUCGACGCCUCAAAUCUACAGUCCAAUAUCCGUGAUGCUGCAGAGUACUUGUACAGCAUCCUGACGGACCCUGUUAUUGCCUCAUCCGCUCCUUCCUUCCUGAUUGUGUGCAAUAAACAAGACCAAACCAUGGCCAAGGGAAGCGUCGCUGUCAAGAAAUUGCUGGAGAAGGAGCUGAACCUUCUCCGUAAAACCAAAAGCAGCCGCCUUGCCAGUUUGGACAACUCGACCGACAAUGCCGUCUUUCUUGGUCAAGAGGACAAGGAUUUUGAGUUUGAGCAUUUGAACAAAAUCAAGGUGGAAUUCGCCGAGACUGCCUUGUUCAGUGCGGCUAAUGAAGAAGGGGUUCAAAUUGAGCAGGUCGAAGAUUGGCUGGAAAGAGUCUCUGCGUGAAUGUUUUGAUUUUGGGUUAAAAAUCUAAAAAUAAUAAUUAAUUG